CUAGGGCCGGCCCUGACAGUGAUACAUAGUGAGAGACCUCGUUUUCCCCCGAAACGCGCUGAAUUGGAGCGAAGAAUGCGUCACGAAGUGAAUGGAUAAAUUGCUUUGCUAUUAAAGGGGUGCAUACUACUGCUUUUCUGUUGGAAAACAAACUAUCGAUCGGUUUUGGCGACAGCACCAACCCCACUGGGCUUUGGAUAAAGCAGACAAGAACAACAACUAAUCCCAGAACGAGCACAACCAGGCUAUAGCUGCCACCGGCAGGGAACCAAGGAUAUAAACCGAGAUUUAAAACAUCGAAAUGGCAGCACGAACUGGAUUAAAUGAAAGGGGGUAAAGGGGUUUUAACCAGGCUAUAGCUGCCACCGGCAGGGAACCAAGGAUAUAAACCGAGAUUUAAAACAUCGAAAUGGCAGCACGAACUGGAUUAAAUGAAAGGGGGUAAAGGGGUUUUAACCAGGCUAUAGCUGCCACCGGCAGGGAACCAAGGAUAUAAACCGAGGUUUAAAACAUCGAAAUGGCAGCACGAACUGGAUUAAAUGAAAGGGGGUAAAGGGGUUUUAGAGAAUAGCGAAUGUUCUCUUGUUAUGUUCGUUAAUUUGAGCUUUUGUUUUCUGUGGAAAUGGGAGCUUUGACCAGCAGACAGAACGCAGGAGUGGAAGAGGUCGAUAUACCGUCCACCUCGGUGUACCGCUAUCCACCAAAAUCUGGAAGUUACUUUGCCAGCCACUUCAUCAUGGGCGGGGAGAAGUUUGACUCCACCCACCCCGAGGGAUACCUGUUCGGAGAGAACACCGACCUCAACUUUCUGGGAACCAGACCAGUGGUGUUCCCCUAUGCAGCCCCGCCACCUCAGGAGCCAGUGAAGACGCUACGAAGCCUUAUAAACAUCCGUAAGGAUACGCUGAGGCUUGUACGGUGUAUUGACGGCCUGAAGCUGCCAGGGGAGGAAGUGGCAGGGAAAAGCAAAGCCUGUUACAACAUAGAGUUCACCUUCGAUGCUGACACACAGGUGGCCAUCACCAUCUACUAUCAAGCUAUAGAGGAGUUCCACAAUGGAGUGCCAAUUUACCUUCCCCAGGACAGCCCUCUCCAGUCAGAAAUCGUGCACUUUAAGAGAGGAGUCUGUCAGCAGUUCUGUCUGCCCUCGCACUCCGUCAACCUGUCAGAGUGGGCCGAUGAGGAGUUGCUGUUUGACAUGGAUAAGGAUGUGUUUCCCAUGGUCAUUCAAGCGACAGUAGACAAGGGGGAAGAUCACAUGGGUCACUCCCAUGUCCUCCUGGCCACCUUUGAAAAGCACAUGGACGGAAGCUACUGUGUCAAACCUCUGAAGCAGAAACAAGUGGUAGAUGGAGUGAGUUACCUUCUUCAGGAGAUCUAUGGCAUCGAGAACAAGUACAACAGCCAAGAAUCAAAGGUUGUGGAUGAUGAGAUCAGUGAUAACAGUGCGGAGUGUGUGGUGUGUCUGUCGGAUGUCCGUGACACACUCAUCCUGCCCUGCAGACACCUGUGUCUCUGCAAUGCCUGCGCAGACACACUCCGCUACCAGGCCAACUGCUGCCCCAUCUGCAGACUGCCGUUCCGGGCGCUGCUGCAGAUCCGAGCCAUGAAGAAGAAGCUGAGUCCUCUCUCUCCUGACAGAUUUAACCCCGUCAUCACCUGCCAGACCUCUGACUCAGAGGAACACUCGAUGUCGGAUCACAUUCCCCCAGGUUAUGAGGUUGUGUCCCUCCUGGAGGCUCUGAACGGGCCCCUGAGUGUGUCUCCCUCUGCCCCCCCUCUGCAGGACCUCUCUGGGGGCCACGUCUCGGGGACCCUACCCCCCUACAGCAGUGAGACCCACCCCGCCCCGGCACACUCCAUGUCCCCCCUGGACCACUCCACCUCAAGCCAGGGACUCAAACUGAAGAAGAGCGGCUCCAAGUCUAUCUCCCAGAAUUAUUCCGUGCUGCCAGGGGAGGAGGGAAAGAAGUCACAACACAGUGAAUCAGAGGUUCAGGCCUGCCGCCGGAAACAACAACUUGAGAGUGGUGUAACUUCAGAGAGUGAGAACCUGACUCUAUCCUCGUCUGGAGCCAUAGACCAGUCCUCCUGUACUGGGACACCUUUCUCCUCCACCAUCACCUCCUCCGAAGACCCAGUGAGCAGUAGCCUGGCUCAGUCAGUCAUGUCCAUGGCUUUCUCCCACAGCCAGCACUCUCAGAUCAGCACUGACACCCUGUCCUCCAUGUCUGGUUCCUACCUGGCCGGACCGGAGGGAGAGGUGGAGGGGGGAGACACAGAGGGGGAGAAGAUCCAGGACGCACCCAUGGAGAGCCGGGGACCCUCACAGCAGGACGGGGAGGGAAAUGAUGUCACAGAGGAACACCGCCCCUCCCCUUUCCACAAGCAGGGUGGGCGGAGCAGGUGUCCAGAGUUGGCCAAUAACAAUCACGCCCUCUGUGACACACCCUGUUUGGGGUGGCUGGACAAUGAGCAGGUUCCCGACAGCCGAUUCGCCGGUCUGAUGUAUCUGGGAGGAUAUAGGCCAGUGUUGGAGCCCCUCUCCCACCACGCCUCCACCAGUAAUAUCAACCUGGAGGAGCAGAGGGUGGAGACAAUGGGCAGUCAGAGUCCCAAACACAUACCUCCCACACUACGCCGCUGACCACACACACACACGUCCAAUUUCGACCUCAGUGCUAUAACAGCACACACUGAUAUGUUAUUCAUUUUAGGCAACCUCAUGAUUGCGCAGUAGACCUUCCUUACUGCAUCUCCUCACCUGAUUAACCAACUCCCAUGUCCCUCAUCCAUCCUGAGGCAGUGUCCUCACUCAACCAUCCCACACUUCUCUUCACUCUGGACUAAAGAGGAGGAGCGUUUAUCUCAGUUGCUAAUUCUAAAAGGGAAAUUUUGAAUACGAGGAUUUAACCAAUCCACAGUCCAAGAAGGAGACUGGUAGAGUUAGACCACCCCCCCCCCCCCCCCUCAAUGUCUUUCUUGUGUUUUGUGUCAUGAGUUCAUCUUUUGAGAUGCCUCCCCUUGCCUCUAACAACCAACCAGUCAGUGUACUCCGGUCCAUGAACCAGAAAUCUCUGGCCGUGGUUUUGCAUGCAGCGCUCUGAUGUCUCCAAGCAGCCCUACUGUACUCAGCAGUGUUCUGUCCUCCCACAACUACCUGGUCUGAAUGGGAUUAUCCUUGUUAGCUAAGAAACUGGACAUGUUGUAUGUGGUGGUGAAUGGAGGAUUUGAUCCAAAAUGGAGGACUUGAUUUGCUCCAAAAUGGUGGUAGAUACUGAACUGUAAAGGAGACGGGAGAAUGUACGAUGCCGAUGGAGUAUGUGUAACUCAGAGGGGAAUGUAAUGUAAUGAUUUGUUUCGGGAUUAUUAACUAUAGAAGAAUGACCUCUGAACUUCGAACUACCCCAUGUACCCCUUGCACACCUUUCCCAACACAUACACCACCCUACAAAAACACAUGUGCUGUUUGAUAGACAAACCUGAACCUUUUUCUCCUCAUUUUGUGAAAACCUGUAUUUUGUUUAAUUUAUGUUGUUUUUAGGGUAAAGCUCUCCUGGUAAUUUUGUCA